AUGUAAAUAUUACCACCAGCAGAAAGAGUGCUGCAUUUCUAAGAAACUAAGAGCUGGUUCAAUUCUAGACAUCCAUCCAAAGUAAAGGAGAAAUAUAGGAAAACAGAGAAGGAGUUAUUCGAUGAUGAAAUAGUCACAGAAACUUUCCAUUUGAUUGACAGAGAUCACUCAAGUAUAUUGAAUUAGCAUAAAUUGUAAGAUACAAUCGAGAUGGAUGAACUGUACUCCAUGUUGAAAAAGAACAAUUAUCCUGUGAAUUUGGGGCUUCUGAAGGCCUUCUUCGAAAUGACUGAUCGCGAUGGCAAUAGUACACUUCUAUAAAUAUACUUUAAGAAUGCAUUGAUUUGGAUGAGUUCAAAUAAGUUAUAAAGGACGAGGGAACUUCUCAAAGUAAUGUUGUGAUUAAGUUUCAAUAGCAUUUAGAACAUUGAUGAGGAAGAUGAGAGAAAUAGGAGAAGAGAAUUAUUAUUCCACUGAUUUUGUAAAUUUACUGAGAUAUUUGUCUUAUUGUGCCAACCGAACAGAUCUGAUAUGGCAAAUAAAAGUACUUAUUCAUCCUUAUAUUCAUAUCAAUUAUAAAGAAUACGCGUCUAUCAUUCGAGUAAAGAUCUAAGUUAGUGUCUGAGUUGUUUAAAGUCAAUUAGCAAUUUACAAAGAUAUCAAAUCCAAAAGAUGAAUAAAAAUGCACAUUGAGACCUU